CGGCGGGCUCGGCCGGCGGCUGGCGGCAGCGGGGCCAUGGCCGCCGACGUGUUCAUGCGGCCGGCGCGGCUCCUCGGGGCGGCGGGGCCGCUGUCCCCCCGCACGGAGCCCGACGAGGACUCGUCGGACACGGACGAUGGGGGCGCCUCGCCGGGCGGAGGGCGGCGGUGCGGGCCUCGGCGGGGGCAGCCCCCGGGCCCCCAGAUCAUCCACUCGGGCCACUUCAUGGUCUCGUCGCCGCACAGCGAGCACCCGCCCAAGAAGGGCUACGACUUCGACACGGUCAACGAGCAGACCUGCCAGACCUACCAGUUCGGGGCGGCCCGCGGCGGCGGCGGCGCCGGCGGGCGCCUCAGCAUCGACGCCUCUCUCACGAAGCUCUUCGAGUGCAUGUCCCUGGCCUACAGUGGAAAGCUGGUUUCUCCAAAAUGGAAAAAUUUUAAAGGCUUGAAACUUCAGUGGAGAGAUAAAAUCCGUCUCAAUAACGCCAUCUGGAGGGCAUGGUACAUGCAAUACCUGGAGAAGCGCAAGAAUCCAGUGUGCCACUUUGUGACUCCACUGGACGGCUCUGUUGAUGUCGAUGAACAUCGUCGGCCAGAGGCCAUUGCAACAGAAGGAAAAUACUGGAAGCGAAGAAUUGAAAUAGUCAUCAGGGAAUACCACAAGUGGAGAACAUACUUCAAGAAAAGGUUACAGAAACAUAAAGAUGAAGAUCUUUCAAGUUUGGUCAGGGAUGAUGAUGUGGUUCUCUGGCAAAAAAGAAGGUAUGGCAGAGAAACCCCCGUGCCUAUGGAGGAAGGCAGCCUCUUGGAUGCAGAUAUGCUUAUGUCCGAGUUCACCGACACGCUGUUCUCCACACUGUCUUCACAUCAGCUGGUUUCCUGGCCAAAUUCCAGGGACAUAGCACACUUAGGAAAUGCUGACAUGAUUCAACCAGGGCUUAUUCCUCUCCAGCCAAAUUUUGAUUUUAUGGAUACUUUUGAGCCUUUUCAGGAUUUAUUCACACCCAGUCGUUCCAGUAAUUAUUUCCCUUCUGUGUCUGCUGUCAGCUCAGCUACAACAGACAGCAGCAGCCAUUCUUCCCAGUCUCCUGUCCUGCCGUCGGGUUCAUUGCCCAACACGCUUCCAGCAGGGAACAUCAAUGAUGGACUGAUUGCUUCCUCAGUACCUGCUCCUGUCAUUCCUGAUGUUGGCACUGACCAGUGUUCCAGCAUUAGAAGUGGGGGAUCUUUCAUCCAGCCAGCAGACUUCACUCCUGACUCAUCUCUCAGCGGGCCACAAACUUUUAUGCCAGUGUUUCAAACGCCCUUGCCACUGCUUCAACCUGCGACACAACAGCACCAGUCCCCGUUGCCUGCAGUGCCUCUGAAUUCUAGCUUAAGCUCUCCGCCAGCUGCAUUUGCUGCACCAGAAACCCAGAAGUUUGGCCUCUGUGAAUCUACAGUUAUCACCCACACAGCUUCUGCUACGUUGACCCACAAUGCCCCUGCCACCACUUUCAGCCAGAGCCAGAACCUUGUCCUGGCAACACAGCAGCCAGGUGCAGGAGUGCCUUGUAACCUGGCUUUCCAGACUACUGUCCUGCAGGGGCAGCCCCGGCCCCAGCUGCUAUCCCAAAUGACAUUUGCACUCCCCAAAGCUGUUCCUCUGGCCAGUGCUGGGAUAAGGCCCAAACAGUCACAAAAAAUAGUGCCUGCUCCGAAGCCUGAAACAGUGUCCUUAUUGUUAAAGAAUGCCUUCAUCACCCCAGCUGCCUUUCAGGGACAGUCCAGAACUGUGAUUGUAACUCCAGCACCUUUAAAAAGAGAGGGGAUUUUGACGCCACCCACGUCUCAGUCUAAUGUUGCAAUUGCACCAGCUGGAAUUGUCAGAGCUCCCGGGGUGACGGAGUUCCGUAGUAACAUUCUGGUUGGUCCACCACAGCGAGCACCAAGUAGUCAACAAACCCAGUCCACAGUCUCACAUCUCUUCUCUCCUAGUGUAGUCCAGGAUGUGUUGGUGAAAGGAGAGCAAAUCCCUUCCCACAGUAGCAGUUCACAAGUUCCCUCACCUACACCUAGCCGAGACUGUCAGAAUUCAGGCCAAGCUUCCCCCUGCACCUCUGAGCAGAGCCCCAGUCCACAGUCUCCCCAGAACAGCUGCUCAGGAAAACCUGCCACUGACCCUAAUAUGGCUGCACUUAAGAAUCGAAGAAUGAAGCAUAUUUCAGAACAAAAACGAAGGUUUAACAUCAAGAUUGGUUUCAGUGCUCUGAACAGCUUGGUUUCAGCUAACUCCAAGUCGAUCAGCCAUGCAAUCACGCUCCAGAAAACAGUAGAAUAUAUCGCUAAACUACAGCAGGAAAGAACACAGAUGCAAGAGGAAACCAGGCGCCUUCGGGAAGAAAUCGAGGAGCUAAACGCUACCAUCAUUUCUUGUCAACAGCAGCUCCCUGCUACCGGAGUUCCCGUAACAUGGCAAAGAUUUGACCACAUGAGGAGGAUGUUUGAUGAGUACGUGAGAAGCAGGACCCUGCAGAACUGGAAGUUUUGGAUUUUCAGCAUUAUUAUUAAGCCAUUGUUUGAGUCCUUCAAUAGGAUGGUUUCCACAACAAGCUUUAAGGAUCUGAAUCAAACUGCAAUGGCCUGGUUGGAUCAGCACUGUUCUCUUCCUGUUCUGAGGCCAAUGGUGCUGAACACCCUCCGGCAUCUAAGUACAACCACCUCAAUUCUGUCAGAUCCAUCGUGUCUGCCAGAGCAAGCCGCUGAGGCAGUUAUCAAGAUGAACAAAACAGUUGGUGAAACCUAACAACCAAAGACAAUGAGUUGCUUAUACAAGGUGUGGAGAACCUGCCAGUCUGGUAGCCUGGCGAGUCUCCUUUCAGUUGGUGCACUUUAGAAAGAAUUCUCUCCAUCACCUGAGACAUUGUUCAGGGCAUCUGGCUCUGCCUUCAGAAUAUGUGGAAGUAUGAUGCAACGUUGUCAUAACGUUUUGAUUCCUCUUCAGUGCUGUGCUGUACUCCGUUAAGUGAGAAAACACCAAGCUCAGGUAAAUUUAGCAGGUUUGAGUCCUGCAGGCAGCAAUAUAUCUCCAUCAAUGCAGCAUGCAUCUAUAUGCAACAAACAUAUUUCUAUGAAACAGCUUCAAGUACUAAGUUCUCUGAAGUGUAAAUCUUGUACACCAAGGGAUGUUCUCUUCAAGGGGAAAUAUACUUUCAAUUUCAUGAAACAAAAUGUGCUUUUUAUUUUGUUUUCUGAUAUUCAGUUCCAUUUGUUUUACUUGAAUAGUGAAAAUUGUUAAACAGGAUCAUAUUAAAAACCAAAGGAGAAGAAAAAUCCGUCAAUGAUGUCAACUUGUGGCAAAAAUACUAGAGUUAAAAUCUCAGGCUGUGUUUUGUGUAUUUUUAUUUUAAUGAGUGUAUCAUUGCAUGUGAUCAGUUUCAAGACAUGCUUUAUUUUCUAGCAAAUAAAGUAGCUGAUUUUUAUUAUUUUUCCUGAUACAGCCAUUGCAAGUGAGUAGCAGGCUGUGCAGUAAGUGCAAGAAAGCAGUUUUAGAUUGCAUAGACUCUGCAGUUAGGAUAGGUACAUUAAUUUCAUACCCAUUUAAUCUGCGAACUGUUUUCUUGCACUCUGCAGAGUUCAGCUGCCUUCCUCAUAAAAUAUGUGCAUAUAAAACACAUCCAUAGAUAAAUGUAGUAAUGCUUCAGAGACAAGAAUUGAGUUUGUAAUGUUAAGAAAUUGGCUUUUUUAUCUCAGAAACUGUAUCAAAUCAUGUGGAUUUGUAGUCAGUUCUUUGCUUCUUCAUCUUUUUUGCUUGUUCUUUUUGCCUUCUAUCUGAAAAACGUGAAGGACAGCUAAAUUUGGUCAGUAUGGGAAGGUUAUGUUCAACAUUAAUUAUAAAACAUAUAAAAAUAUGUUUAAAACCCCAAAUACUGCAUAACAUUUUUCUGUGACAGUCUUAGCAAGUACUGUGCUCUGCUGCAGAUAAACUUAGUCUGGUUACAGCAGUAAUAGUCUGUCCAUCCUGAGACAGCACUGGGAUAUUCAUUCCAGCUGGUUGUUCACAGUCUGGAAUUAUUUUAUGACCCUUGUAAUUCCACUCCUUACUUGAUUCUGAUUCUUAAGAGCUAUGCAAACUGUGGGUAAUGUUUCUCUGGUACCUCCCCUGAGUAGUUUUCCUCCAAUUUCAAAGGCAGGCUGCCUGGAGGUGAUUAGCAGGCUAUCACAGUGCUAAAAAGAGGAGCAGCUAAAACAUUUGGGCAUUGCACAUGCUGAAAUGGGGUCAGUAGGUUCUCCUUCGGCAGAUGUAGUUUUUAUCAGUGUUGUCCCCAGUCUUCUCCACUUGGUGGGCCUAAGUUUAAAAAGAAACAAUAGGCUUGGGGAGUGGGACUAAGCACAGGGAGUAUUUUUCUUUCUUCUUUGUCCUGAGAUUUUGCAGCUAAUGGCUUUCAUUGCAGAGUUCACUUAUGUUGGAGCAGGACUGUAGCAAAAAGAAAGCAUGAAACGUUAACCCCAGGGCCCUCUUCCUGAGCAGAGGUACUGUGAGUUGAGGAGUUGGGGGCUGAAGGGGACUGCUGGGGGGGAAAGGAACCUAAGAGGAAGACAAAAUGGCAUGAUCUAAGUACCAACAUGUCUUUCUGUAGCUGCGCAGACAAAUGAGGAGAUGGUCUUUUUUUUUUUUUUUUUUUUUUUUUUUUUUACAGUAGAUAGAUCUGACGUAUCAUUUGAAGUUUGUGGUACAUGUAAAAACCUGUGUCCCUGUGACAGAACCAACAAAAAUCCAGGCCUCAGCUAAAGAAUCGAUUGUUGAAAUAGUGUAUAAAGGUUGUCAUAGUAAUUAAAUAGUGAGUAGGUUUUCUGGGGGGACCUGUAUCUAGGUCUUUCAUACAUAAUGUUGUAAUCAAUUAAGCAGUAUUCUUUGGGAUGUAUCUGGAUAAAAAGUGUUGACUAAGUGUAAAUUCUUUUUUAAAUUAGUGCUUUAAAUCCUCCCAUUUUUAUCAUUGAUUGUGAACUUGAUUCCAGUGAAGUCAUUUAACACUGUGAUUAGCUGGGGAGCGUCCCUCAAGUUCUUUCUUUACUGGGCUAUCUCAUUGAGAUGCAUAGAUAUCUACAUGCGUAUUUGCAUGUUAAAAAUACGUAUCCGGUUUUCUAGAAAGAAAUCAGUAGGCAAAUUGUCCAAGAACAGACCCACUUGUGUUUUUGCUGUACUUUUCAGAUGAACAGAUUCUGUAAUGCCUCCCCUGCAGUGUGGUCUCCUGCUUGUCAGGCAGUGAUUGUGCUUGAUUUUUACCAUUACUAGUAUCAAUGACAUUAGAGUUUUGUCUCAACAAGCAAAGUGUACUACAGGCAUACUUCAGAGCCCAGGGAAUUCUGAUGACUUCUAAGCUUAAAUCCUAACAUCUCAGAUCUCACUGAAUGUAAGGUCCCUUUCAGCUUCCAAUCCAGGAAUAGGAAGGGGUAAUGUGACUGAACUGCUAAAAAUUUUGUCCAUUAGCAGUUUUUAUCUGGAUGUGGAUGGAAAAAUCAUCCUGCUCAUUGCACCAUGAGCUGUUUACAGUUGGAGGGAAAGUGCUUAUUUUAAUAAUUUGUGGUGGAGAAACAAGCUCAUGGCACUAUUAAAAGACUGCAAAUCUUAACAUAGUAAAGAGAAAAAAAAUUAAAUCAAAGAGCUUACUUAGGCAAGAGUGUAGGAGGGAGGGAAUGAAAAGUUAAAAGAAACUUUCCACGUAGUGCAAUUACCAGAAACGAUGUGGCUGCUCUUUGAAGCAGUGAUUCAGUGUAUUUUUCUCACCCUAUUAUUGCAAAUCAGAAUUCUUUUCUCUUAUCAGUCAACCUUGUGAGGGGUGUGAUUUCACUUCAUUUGGAAACGCAGGAGGAAAAAAGCUGUAUUAUGUCUCACAUCUGCACAGUGGAAGUACUGAGGAUUGGUAUGAAAAGAGAUUGACCACGUAUGUAUUAAUUCCUGCAUAGUUUUCCACUUUGGUUUAUAUUUGAACUCCUUAGUCUUGUCUUUCUUACCCAUUGAGGAGUCUAAAUACUGUAUUUCUUCAAAAAAAAAAAAAAAUUUGGUAACACUUUCUCCCCUAAUUUAAGUGGUCUAAUUUCCUCAGUGUCACCAAAGUAUACUUGAGCAA